AUGAAUGCCCUGACCAAGGUGAAGCUCAUCAAUGAGCUGAACGAGCGGGAGGCGGAGCUCGGGGUGACUGAGAAAGUGUCCUGGCACGCCCAGUACAAGGACAGUGCUUGGAUCUUCCUGGGAGGGCUCCCAUAUGAAUUGACCGAAGGCGAUAUCAUCUGUGUGUUUUCUCAAUAUGGCGAAAUUGUGAACAUCAAUCUCGUGCGAGAUAAGAAAACCGGAAAAUCCAAAGGAUUCAGUUUUCUUUGCUACGAGGAUCAGAGAAGCACAAUUUUGGCGGUUGACAAUCUGAAUGGGAUCAAGAUAAGAGGAAGAACUAUCCGAGUGGACCAUGUGGCUAAUUAUAGGCCCCCCAAGGAUUCCAAGAUGGAUGACGUAACCAGAACACUCCGGGAGAAAGGCUGCGGAGGGGUUCAAACCCUACCUCCAAGUUCAUCUGAAUCCUCUGAAGAUGAGACGCCCGUGAGAAAGCAUAACAGAGACAAAGCAAGGAAGCAAAAGGACAACGAUGUUAGAAUGAGUAUUGACAAGCAGGAAAUGGCUGCAUCUUCCCCUGUAGCAUCCCAACACGGGACCAGAACCGAAAAGGAAGGUGCUGGCUUCAGGAAAUCCACCCAGAAGGGCUGCAGUCCAGAGGCCCCACAAAGGCGUCAGUCCUUAAGUGGCUCCCCUGAGCUCCCCCGAGGUCAGCUGGAGAAAGCAGGGGCCUCAAGCAGGGACUCAAGGAAGGCUGAGCCAGCGCAUAAGAAGAAGUCCUUCAGCAGCGCCAGCAGGGAGGAACAAAGACAGAAGGCCAAGAGCAAGCAUCGGGACAGAAGCCGAAGCGCUGAAAAGGGCUCUCACCCCAGUGCCCGGCAUUCUGAAGGCAGGACUAAGAUGAGGCGCGAACAGUCCCGAAGUGUCGGGAGAGACGGUCAUUCCAGGGAUCGGGAACCAUGCUAUAGCAGUCCGCACCGGUCCAGUGGAAUAGGGGGCUGA